UGGAACAGUGAGGGGCAGGCUUGCCUUAAGUGAGUGCAUGUCUUCUCAGCUCUGACCUCUUGAGUCUCAAUCUCUGGAGCAGCCUCUCUCUUGAGCUGCUGGUAGGGUUGGAGCCCAUUGUAGAGGACUGACUGGUUGGGCCUCCACUUCCUGUGUAAGCCUUCUCGGUCACAAGAGGGUCUUAGACUGGAGGCCAUGGCCGAAGGGGUGAGAAGUUUGGAUAGACAAGCUAUGUAAAUGAGGAACUCAAGCACAGAGACUCAGAACGUGGCUCUGGACCAGUCUCCAGUCCCAAGUCUUGACUUCAUCUCACCCUGGCAAGGUCCCAGCAGCUGGGGAUUCCCCUCAGCUCUUGAGCGGCCAUGUCCAACCCUACUGCUCCACCUCCGUAUGAGGACCGCAACCCCCUGUACCCUGGCCCUCCACCCACUGGGGGCUAUGGGCAGCCAUCUGUCCUGCCAGGAGGGUACCCUGCCUACCCUGCCUACCCACAACCUGGUUAUGGCCAUCCUGCUGGCUACCCACAGCCUAUGCCCCCAAUCCACCCGAUGCCCAUGAACUACGGCCCUGGCCAGGGCUAUGAUGGAGAGGAGAGAGCAGUGAGUGACAGCUUUGGGCCUGGAGAGUGGGAUGACAGAAAAGUCCGACACACAUUCAUCCGAAAGGUUUACACCAUCAUCUCUGUCCAGCUACUCAUUACGGUGGCCAUCAUUGCUAUCUUCACUUUCGUGGAACCGGUCAGCCAGUUCGUGAGGAGGAAUGUGGCUGUGUACUACGUGUCUUAUGCGGUCUUCAUCGUCACCUACCUGACCCUUGCCUGCUGCCAAGGACCCAGGCGCCGGUUCCCAUGGAACAUCAUCCUGCUGACUCUCUUUACUUUUGCCAUGGGCUUUAUGACGGGCACCAUUUCCAGUAUGUAUCAGACCAAAGCUGUCAUCAUUGCAAUGAUCAUCACUGCUGUGGUGUCCAUUUCCGUCACCAUCUUCUGCUUCCAGACCAAGGUGGACUUCACCUCAUGCACAGGUCUCUUCUGUGUCCUGGGAAUUGUGCUGAUGGUGACUGGGAUUGUCACUAGCAUUGUGCUGUACUUCAAAUAUAUCUACUGGCUCCAUAUGCUCUAUGCUGCUCUGGGGGCCAUUUGUUUCACCCUGUUCCUGGCUUACGACACACAGCUAGUCCUGGGGAACCGGAAGCAUACCAUCAGCCCAGAGGACUACAUCACGGGUGCCCUGCAGAUCUACACUGAUAUCAUCUACAUCUUCACCUUCGUGCUGCAGUUGGUGGGGGAUCGCAACUGAGGAGCACUGUUUCACCCACCCUGGGCUCUCCUUUCCCUGCGGGCUUGGGCCCUGUGACUGGGGUCUGGGCCUCAGACCCUUUUUUCUUCCCCUCAAGUAAUAUGCCCAGUUUCCUCUCUGUCCUGGAGAUGGGCAGCCUCUCUGGCUGUGGAGGUGUGGGAACCUGCAUUGGGCAGCAGAUGCUGGAACAGUUGGGACCUCUUGGUGGGCUUGGUGGGAGCUAGGCUGAGGAUGUGUCUUCUCCGCUCUCCCCACAACAUGGCACCAAACUCUUAGCGGGUGUGGGUGGGGUGGAUGGAAAAGAGCCCAUUCUAUAGCUGAAAAGAAAUGUGGACAUAGAAGAGGCUUCAAGGUGAAGGGGUUCCUCUCCCACUGUCAGGGCUUCUAGCCUAGGAACCUGGAGUCUGUUUCCCCUCCUAAAUCCAGUAAAGCCAGACAGUAUUGUCCCCACCUCUUGGACUCAUAGGCCACUAUUCUAGUCUCCUUAGGCUUGGCAUCUUUUAGCUCAGAAAGGUAGGAAGAGAUCUGGGCCUAGGGGCCUCCCCACUCUAACCCCAUCUUGUUUUAGUAACAUGUAUAUAUUGUUUAUCUAGGUUAGGGCUGCGGGAGGACGAAGAGAUGAGCAAAGUAAAGUACAGGGGCCAACACAGAGCACACCUCCCCUGAGCUUCCUCCAGGCUUGGAUGGUGGUAGAGAGCAGGACAUUUGGAGCCUCUGGUCCCCAUUCUCCAAAGACGCCUGGGACCUCCCUAGGUGCUUCUGAGAUCUAUCAUCAGAGGAUCCUUUUACUUUCUCUGCUCAGGCUCUCACAAAAUGAGCACAAAAUGAGGACCAGGGUCAGGAAAUGGGGUAGUCUGAUCAUGAGUGUGGCAUGGAAGUAGCCAGGAAGGAGGUGGGUGGAGGCCUGGAAAAUGCCGCAGGGCCUCCCAACUCAAUUUGAGACCCACCUUGGUGCCCAAGACGACUUCUGUGUCCUUCCCUUCUGUUAACCCAGGGAGGUCCCUGAGAGGAAGGCAACUUCCUCCUCAGCCUGUUCUGAACUCCCAGUGGGGGGCUUUUUGACUUGAGACCAUCACUCUAGACAGCCUCUGCUUUCUUUGUAAUACAAGUGCCUCAAGCUGUAAUAGGGGAGGGGAGGUCAGUCUAUCGGGUAGGGGCGGAAACCACAUCAGCCCAAGGAUAUAAUUAGGACUUCUUUAUUGAGUACUUGAUCCUAAAUAUAUCACACAAAGGAACACAACUAAAAAUGUAAUAAAGUUUUGUUUAGAAGUUAAAA